GCGCAAGAGGGGGCGCGGACGAGGACGAGGAGGAGCGUGGGGCCGCUGGCGCAGUCACGGUCAAAGAAGGAGGAACGACGACGACGGAGGAGGAGACGGCGGAGGAUUGAUUGGAGGACGCCGGAGACGAGCGGGGACGGAGCAUUCUUGUGACGAAAGACUUCUUGAGCUGCUCUCGUGGCGCCGGUGGCUGGCUGGCGAGCUUCAUUUCUUUCUCCUGCUUCGAUUGAUCGGGUCGGCCUCGCGCAGAUUGGAGCAUGAGCGGGACGCAAGGGAAAUGAAAACUUUCUUCGAGUUCGGGACCGCGAUCGAGCAGCAGCAGCAGCAGCAGCGUCAGUGCCAGCGCCAGCGCCAGCGCUCGUCCUCUUCCGUGUCCGAGGACGAAGCAGUAGCCGGGAGCAGCAGCAGCAGCAGCAGGGGGCAGGGGGCAGGAGCAGCGAGAAACGAGGGCGGAUCGAGCGGCUAGCGAUCCGAUCGGAUCGGAUCUAUAGUUCUUGUUGGGGAGGAAAAAACGUGGAGGUGCCGGAGCGGAGGUCGAAGUUGGAGAAGAGGAAGUAGGUAAGGAGGAGGAGGAGCAGGAGCAGUACACGCAGGCGCGAGAGCGACAGACCGACGAGCAGCAGGCGACAUGAAUACCGCAGGUUCUUUGCCCGGAGCCAUGGGGCUUGGGUUCACCAAGUUGUCCAAGGGCUUGGCAGCAGUGCUGGUGGCGGGUUUCGUGGUUGCCAAAGCUUUGCCGUUCACCGUCGACUAUUUGGCACUCGUUCCUGGAAAGACAAUCCCGUUCACUUGGAAUCUAGUCACCGCGGGAUACUUCGAACAUACGUUCAUUGGCUUAAUUGUCAGCAUCGCGGGAGUAUUGUAUUAUGGCCGGUUGUUGGAACCUGUGUGGGGAUCGAAGGAGUUUGUGAAGUUUAUUGCAUUUACCAGUUUCUUCACUACGAUUUGCACAUUUGUUACUUCCAUCUUUCUUUACUACGUGACGGGACACGAAAAUCUUUUGUACACGCCAACAGCUGGAUUCCACGGAGUUUUAGCUGGCUUUCUGGUCGCCGUGAAGCAGAUUUUUCCUGAUUAUGAAAUUAACGUCCGACAGGUUAUCAAGCUGCGUGCUAAGUGGCUGCCUAGCUUCUUGGUGCUGAUUGUGCUCGUGGCCAGCUUUUUCUUGGACAAUCCCAUUGUUUACGUUCCUUUCAUCGUUUUUGGAACUUACGGAAGCUGGAUUUAUCUCCGAUUUUUCCAAAGGAGGUCGGAGGCCAAUUUUAAGGGCGAUGCCAGCGACGAGUUCGCAUUUGCUACCUUCUUCCCAGAGAUUGUCUCGCCAGUUGUGAAGCCCAUAGCCAUCGUGUGCGGAAAGCUGUGCUGUGGCAAGAGAGCUCAAAAUUUAGACGGGCAAGAUCCUGCCUACGUCUUGGGAGGAAAGCCUCUUCCGGGUUCUGACCCAGCCGAGGCUACCCGCAGAAGGGAACGUGGGGCUCGUGCUUUGGAGGAGAGACUGAGUGCCGCCUCGAAAUCAGAUGAAGGAGUAGGUGGUAAGAGCACAGGUAGUUCGCAGAUCCCACUUGAACCUUUGGGACCUGAAGAUAGUGUCUGAGUUACUCUGCAGCUGAAGAUGACGAUACGAUCUCCUCACCGGGGAAUGCCUCCUUGAUCAGGACAUGUAUUUGCUAUUUCCUUGGUAGCUGUUUUACAUUCAAGUUGUGAAUGUCUUUGCGGAAUUCAUUGGCCUAAGAUCAAGAAAAGAAGACAUUUUUACUUGUGCUUAUUCACAUAGACACCAUUGCUUGCAAGACCAAUCCUGAAGCCUUUUGCUUUCUGAGCAAGACUCAGUAUCUCAUGUUCGGAGAGAGCCGGUUCGGCCACCAGGUUAGAGCUCCUAGCAGCUAAGCUACGAUAACGAAUCGAUGCAUUUGAAGCCUCGUUCAGGUUUUGCUUUAAAUCAUGUCAGAGUUUCUUUCUCAAUUCUGAGAGCAUGGGGAAAGAGGGAUACAAGUGUUCAAGGACUGCGAACCCAGUAUCAUAUUUCCUUCUCUGAAGGGCAUUCUCGUGUGUUAGAGGAACAUCUAGAGUGCAUACCCGUCAAGAUUAACAGAGAGGACCAGUUAGGUAUUAGGUCUAGUUCGUUUCUAUGCGAAAGAGCGAAAUAAGGUCCACUUUUUCAAGAGAUGUAGUAUGUAGGUUUUACAGGAUGUGUCAUCGCACCUAUGGUGAGAAUAUAGAGGGCAGAACGCUGCAUUGUGAUGGAACAGGGGUUAAUCAUGCACACGAAGCCUUUUGGUUAUGAAUGAUGAGUCCUUCUAUUUGUACCACCAUGGAUUGCAGAAUCGAGGAGAGUCAUGAGAUCUGCAUUGUGUCGUCCACUGUCGUUCGUGGUCAUCUAUCCCAUUGUGAAGUGGUUAAUGGCAAGAGUCCCUAAUAAGCGCUUUGGCAAGAUGUGUAUUUAAGAC